CACUCCAAAUCUCAACCAUAAUUUGGAUUCUAAAAUCUCCCUCUCUUCAACCUCUUAGCUUAUCUUAUUCUUUCCCAUUUCCAUUUUAUGAUUCCUAUUUCUAAUUCUCAGCUCUCACAUCACCACUUCACCAACCCUCUCUCCAAAUACAAAGCCUAAUAUGGCCACUCAGGCUCUUGUUUCUUCUUCUUUAACCUCUUCAGUGGGUGCUGCCAGACAGAGAUUAGGGGCAAGGCCUUCUUUUGGAUCUUCCAGGAAAUCAGCUUCUUUUGUUGUUAGAGCUGAAGCCACUCCUCCUGUUAAGCAAGGAGCAGACAGGCAACUCUGGUUCGCUUCAAAACAAAGUCUUUCUUACUUGGAUGGAAGUCUGCCAGGCGAUUUCGGGUUUGACCCACUGGGGCUAUCUGAUCCCGAAGGCACAGGAGGGUUCAUCGAGCCAAGAUGGUUGGCAUACGGCGAAGUGAUCAACGGAAGGUUUGCAAUGUUGGGAGCAGCAGGAGCCAUAGCCCCAGAAAUCUUUGGAUCACUGGGGUUAAUCCCACCAGAAACAGCCCUCCCAUGGUUCAAAACAGGGGUCAUCCCACCAGCAGGGACCUACAACUAUUGGGCAGACCCUUACACACUCUUUGUAUUUGAAAUGGCUCUGAUGGGCUUUGCUGAACACAGAAGAUUUCAAGAUUGGGCCAAGCCAGGAUCCAUGGGAAAACAAUACUUUUUGGGCCUGGAGAAGUUCUUGGGUGGAUCAGGGGACCCAGCUUACCCUGGCGGGCCAUUGUUCAACCCACUAGGGUUUGGGAAAGAUGAGAAGUCAAUGAAGGAAUUGAAGUUGAAGGAAAUUAAGAAUGGAAGGCUUGCAAUGUUGGCAAUUUUGGGUUACUUUAUACAAGGUCUUGUUACUGGUGUUGGACCUUACCAAAACCUUUUGGAUCAUUUGUCUGACCCUGUCAACAACAAUGUUUUGACCAGCCUUAAAUUCCACUAGAAGGGUUUAUAUAUGAAUUGUAAUUUGUGUAAUGUAUAUUAAUAUGGAUCACAAUCCCCUUUGGGUUGCUUUGGAGCUUUCAAAAAUUGUUUCCCCCCACUCUAUUGUAACAUGAUUUGAGGAAAAACUUUUCUCUAAUAUUUUGCAUCU